CAAGAAACGAAACUUAAGGAUCAUAAACCAAAGCCAUCCGACGUGGACGCAGUUCUCUCUUUCAGGUGGAAAGAAGCGUUUUGGAAAACAUCGUCUGACACAGAAAUCACAACAAGGAUGGCCUCUGCUAACACUUCCUGGUCUGAAGAGAACUUUUCCUGUCCCAUCUGUCUGGAUGUGUUCAGCAGCCCAGUUUCCACACCGUGUGGACACAACUUCUGCAGAACCUGCAUUAAUAAAUUCUGGGAUGAACAAGUCCAGUGCAAAUGUCCUAUUUGUAACAUGUUUUUCGACACUAGACCUGAUCCACAGGUCAAUAUCCUUGUAUCAGAGAUGGCUGAUCAGUUUAGAACGACCGUACGAGUAAAGGAGCAGCCUUGUUUUGAACCAGCAGAAGUUCUCUGUGACGUCUGCACUGGGACCCAGCUGAAGGCUGUGAAGUCCUGCCUAAUGUGUUUUACUUCUUACUGCCAAACCCACCUGGAGCCACAUCAGAGAGUCGCAGGCCUGAAGAAACAUCGGCUGGUCGAGCCUAUGGACCGUCUGGAAGACAGGAUGUGUAAGAAACACGACCGACUUCUGGAGCUCUUCUGCCAGACUGAACAGGAGUGUGUGUGUCAGUUCUGCACAGAGACGGACCACAAGUCCCAUCCUGUUGUACCUCUAAAGGAGGAAUAUGAAGUGAAGUCGGCCCUGCUGGGGAAGAUAGAGGCUGAAGUUCAGCAGAUGAUCCAGGAGAGAAAACUAAAGAUUAAGGAGAUCAAAGAAACAGUUGAAUUUAGCAAGAAAGACGCAGACGGAGUGAUAGCCGAUGGUGGGCAGGUCUUCACUGCUUUGAUGCGUCGCGUUGAAAAGUGCAGAGAUGAUUUCAACCAAACCGUUAAAGAGAGACUGAAAACCACAGAGAAACGAGCUGAAGACCUCAUCAAAGAGCUGGAGCAGGAAAUAGAAGAUCUGACCAAUAGAAGCUCAGAGGUGAAGCCACUCCCACACACUGAAGACCACCUCCACUUCCUCCAGACCUUCAGAUCCCUGAAGGAUCCUCCACCCCCCAGGGACUGGACCACGGUGGAGGUCCGUCCUCCGUCAUACGUAGGGACCUUGAGGAGAUCCCUGGAUCAGCUGGAGGAGACACUGAACAUGGAGAUGAAGAAGCUGUGUGAUGCUGAACUGAGGAGGGUCCAGCAGUAUGAAGUAGAUGUGACUCUGGAUCCUGAUACAGCUUCUCCCUGGGUCAUCCUGUCUGAGGAUGGGAAACAAGUACAUGAUGGAGGUGUAGAGAAGAUACUCUUUGGCAACCCUAAGAGAUUUACUCAUUAUUGGUAUAGAUGUGUUCUCACGAGGCAGAGCUUCUCCUCAGGGAGAUUUUACUUUGAGGUCCAGGUUAAAGACAACACUGAAUGGGGGUUAGGAGUGGCCAGAGAGUCCAUCGACAGAAAAGGUUGGAAAGGGUGGACCCCUGAGACGGGUUACUGGACUCUGGACUACAACCAGGAUGUGUUGGUAUUUAGAGAUAACCCUGAUGUUGAUCUCCCUCUGAGAGCUGAGCUCCAGAAGGUGGGGGUGUUUGUUGAUUAUGAUGAGGGUCUGGUCUCCUUCUAUGAUGUGGAAGCCAGGGUUCAUAUCUACUCUGCUACGGGCUGCACCUUCACUGAGCCUCUCUAUCCAAUCUUCAAUCUAAGUUCACGUCAAAAGGCAAACUCUGCCCCCCUGAUCAUCUCACCUGUCAAUCAAACAGACUAGGCCUUUUGUUUGAUAAUAAAAUAAACAAACAACCAAAAUAACUAAUGUUUCCUGAAUGGGAAUCUACCAUGGGAGAUCUGAGAGAACUGCAUUCAUAUCGUACUAUUCAAUUUUAUUCAACAAAAUGUAUUAAGCAACUUACACUGUACUAUAAAAAAUAUGAAUCAUUAAAACUGGUUAGACUACUCUUAAAUGUUCAAUGUCUUUUAUUAGGUUAGCUGAAAGUGUAAAAUUUUAUUUUUAUUAUUAUUUUGAUAACUAGUAACAAAGACAAGACGAGGUUAGAGAACCUUCAGCUGGUUAACCAAUGCCUCUUCAAAACGGUCCUCUGGGAGGGUGACCGUGAGAUAGUCUCCCAUUAUAUGGGGUCAGAACAGUCUCAUAAUAAUGAAUGCAAAAGAGAAGGAAGGAUUAACAAAUGUAUUUUGUGAUUUAUAUAUAAAUUACUCUUCUCACAAAUACAUUUCAAUGCACACAAAUGGAUAUCGGUAUGUAUAAAUGUAAAAUAAAUCCAUAAACAAAAAUACGUUUCACAAACACAUUUCUGAUCCACACUCAAAUGUGUCUUGUUUUAAAAAAUGUUAUAUAAAUCCAUUAAUAUAUGAAUUAAAAAUAUAUUUGCAAUUUUCAUCAAAAAUGUAUUUGGAUGUUGUUACAUUUAUAUACAAACUCUUAAACUUGAAUUAACAAGACGCUUUUUAUGCGUGAACUUGUUUGCAUGUCCGGGUCCCUCGAUUCACGGGGCCAGAAGUAGAUAUCUCCGUUCACUCCAAUACAAGUGGGGAACAGGAAUGUGUCUCCGCAAAAAAAAAAGUUUUUGCGUUAUGUUAUU